CAAAACUUUAACAUGUCAGCAAAACAACACCAAGGGGGAGUGAACUUGUGCACAGCAGUCAUAUUUUGGAGAAACAUUAUAUUAUUUUCACCUGUUUGUGUGCAGUUUCAGUUCAGCCGGAAGCUGUCUGGGAUCUUCCCAGCAGUUCAGUAGAUGUCCACCCCUUCAGACACAUCAGGUGGUAUGUCCCAUCCCGGCCCUUCCCCGGGGGCAGGCUUGUCCCCAGGUCCCAUCCUGGGCCCCAGCCCUGGACCGGACCCCUCACCAGGCUCUGUUCACAGUAUGAUGGGACCCAGUCCUGGGCCUGGAACACCUAAUGCACCUCAUGGCAUGCAGGGCCAGGCACAAAGCGAGUACUCUCAGGAUGGCAUGUAUUCUAUGCACAAGCCCAUGGAGGGGAUGAAUGACAAGACUAUGGCAGACGCAAUGCACUUUGGUCACAUGAAAGGUGUGGGGAUGAGAUCGCUCCACAGUGGCAUGGGGCCUCCACAGAGUCCUAUGGACCAGCACAGUCAAGGUUACAUGUCCCCCCAUCCAUCCCCCAUGGGUGUUCAUGAGCACGCCUCUAGCCCCAUGUCAGGAGGCGGAGGAGGCGGGGGACCCACACCGCCCCACAUGCCUCCUUCCCAGGCAGGCACUAUGAUGCCCAUGGAUUCCCAAGGAGCCAUGCCCAACAUGUCCAGCAUGGGUCAGCAGGGGCGGGGACCCUCUGCUUUCAGUCCAGUCCAGCUGCAGCAGCUCAGAGCUCAAAUCCUGGCUUACAAGAUCCUUGGCCGUGGGCAACCCCUACCUGAAAACCUCCAGCUGGCUGUUCAGGGCAAGAGGAGCCUACCCACAAUGCAACAACAACAACAGCAGCAGCAGCAGCAGCAGCAGCAACAACAACAACAACAGCAGCAGCAGCAACAACAACAACAACAACAGCAGCAGCAGCAACAACAGCAGCAGCAGCAGCAACAGCAACAACAGGCACCUAGUGCUAGUCCUUACAACAGGCCUCCAGGCCUGCCAAUGGCACCCAUGGGUGGACCCCAGUCAAGUCCAUGCCCCACCCCAGCUAUGCAAGGUCACAAGCCUUGGCCUGAUGGACAGGGUGGUGAAAACCAAGCCGGAGCUCAGAAGCACCUCACCCCCGCCGCCAGCGGACGCCCGUCCCCCGCACCUCCUCAGGCCUCUGCCGUGCCUGCUGGGCCCAUGCCAGGCAGCUCAGUGACCCCUCAGCCUCCAGGUCAGCAGGUGUCCCCCAUGCCCCAGAUGCAGCAGAAGCAGAACCGCAUCACGCCGAUCCAGAAGCCCCAGGGCUUGGACCCAGUGGGGAUCUUGCAAGAGAGAGAGUACAGGCUGCAGGCUCGGAUCGCGCAUCGAAUUCAAGAGCUGGAGAGUCUCCCGGGGUCCCUGCCUCCUGAUCUGAGGACUAAAGCAACAGUAGAGCUCAAAGCGUUGCGUCUACUCAACUUCCAGCGGCAGCUGAGGCAGGAUGUGGUGGCGUGUAUGAGGCGGGACACGACCUUGGAGACCGCUCUGAACUCCAAGGCUUACAGACGCAGCAAGCGUCAGACGCUGAGGGAAGCGCGCAUGACCGAGAAGCUGGAGAAGCAGCAGAAGCUCGAGCAGGAGAAGAAGCGCAGACAGAAACAUCAGGAAUAUCUGAACAGUAUCCUUCAGCACGCUAAAGACUUCAAGGAGUACCACCGUUCGGUAUCCGGCAAAAUCCAGAAGCUCACCAGAGCCGUCGCCACCUGGCACACCAACACAGAGCGCGAACAGAAGAAAGAGACGGAGAGAAUCGAGAAGGAGAGGAUGAGGAGGCUUAUGGCAGAAGAUGAGGAAGGCUACCGAAAACUCAUCGACCAAAAGAAAGACAAGCGUCUGGCGUACCUGCUGCAGCAGACGGAUGAGUACGUGGCUAACCUCACCACCCUGGUGUACGAACACAAAGCCGCCCAAGCUGCGAAGGAGAAGAAGAGGAGGAAGAAGAAAAAGAAGAAGGUGGAUGGAGACGGUGAAGGCACCAGUGCAAUCGGACCCGACGGAGAACCGAUGGAUGAGAGCAGCCAGAUGAGCGAGCUGCCGGUCAAAGUGAUUCAGACGGAGACCGGGAAAGUUCUGCAGGGAACGGACGCUCCCAAAUCCAGCCAGCUCGAGGCCUGGCUAGAGAUGAACCCCGGUUACGAAGUUGCUCCGAGGUCAGACAGCGAGGAGAGCGGCUCGGAGUUCGAGGAGGAGGAGGAAGACGAGUUGGCCAAGGCAGAAACAGAGGAGAAGAUGAUCGAUCCCAACGGAGAUGAAGUGUUUGUGACGGCGGCCAAGCACAUCAUCGAGUCCGCCAAGCAGGAUGUGGACGACGAGUACAGCGUCGCUACGGGACAAACCAGCUCCCAGUCGUACUACGGCGUCGCCCAUGCUGUCAUCGAGAGGGUGGAAAAACAGUCCUCGCUGCUGAUCAACGGCAUGCUCAAACAUUACCAGAUCCAAGGGCUGGAGUGGAUGGUGUCCCUGUACAACAACAAUCUGAACGGCAUCCUGGCCGACGAGAUGGGCCUCGGCAAAACCAUCCAAACCAUCGCCCUCAUCACCUACCUGAUGGAGCACAAGAGGCUCAACGGGCCCUAUCUCAUCAUCGUCCCUCUCUCGACUUUGUCUAACUGGGUCUAUGAACUUGACAAGUGGGCACCCUCUGUGGUCAAAAUUGCUUACAAGGGCACCCCUGCCUUACGCCGUGGGCUUGUACCUCAGCUCCGUAGCGGGAAAUUCAACGUUUUGCUGACUACCUACGAAUACAUCAUCAAGGACAAGCACAUACUGGCCAAGAUUCGUUGGAAGUACAUGAUAGUGGAUGAAGGUCACCGCAUGAAGAACCAUCAUUGUAAACUGACCCAGGUGUUGAACACCCACUAUGUGGCUCCCCGCCGCCUCCUCCUAACCGGUACACCGCUGCAGAACAAGCUGCCCGAGCUGUGGGCCCUGCUCAACUUCCUCCUGCCCACCAUCUUCAAGAGCUGCAGCACCUUCGAGCAGUGGUUCAACGCCCCGUUCGCUAUGACGGGAGAGAGGGUUGAUCUAAACGAGGAGGAGACCAUCCUGAUUAUCCGCCGUUUGCAUAAAGUGCUUCGGCCCUUCCUGCUGCGCAGACUGAAGAAAGAGGUGGAGUCUCAGCUGCCGGAGAAGGUGGAGUAUGUCAUAAAAUGUGACAUGUCUGCUAUACAGAAGGUUCUGUACAGGCACAUGCAGAAAGGCAUCCUUCUCACUGACGGCUCCGAGAAAGACAAGAAGGGCAAAGGAGGGGCGAAGACCCUGAUGAACACCAUCAUGCAGCUGAAGAAGAUCUGCAACCAUCCAUACAUGUUCCAGCACAUCGAGGAAUCCUUCGCUGAGCACUUGGGCUAUCCGAACGGCAUCAUCUCUGGGCCUGAUCUUUAUCGAGCGUCCGGGAAGUUUGAGCUUCUCGACCGCAUCCUGCCGAAGCUACACGCCACCAACCACAGAGUUCUUCUCUUCUGCCAGAUGACCACUCUGAUGACGAUCAUGGAGGACUACUUCAGCUACCGCAACUUUCAAUAUUUACGUCUAGACGGAACCACCAAGUCUGAGGACCGAGCCUCACUGCUGAAGAAAUUUAACGACGAAGGAUCUCAGUACUUCAUCUUCCUGCUCAGCACCAGAGCCGGCGGCCUCGGUCUCAACCUGCAGGCCGCCGACACCGUCGUCAUCUUCGACAGCGACUGGAACCCGCACCAGGACCUUCAGGCGCAGGACCGCGCUCACCGCAUCGGUCAGCAGAACGAAGUGCGUGUGCUUCGCCUCUGCUCCGUCAACAGCGUGGAGGAGAAAAUCCUGGCAGCUGCCAAAUACAAACUGAACGUGGAUCAGAAGGUCAUCCAGGCGGGCAUGUUCGACCAGAAGUCAUCGAGCCACGAGCGCCGCGCCUUCCUCCAGGCCAUUUUAGAGCACGAGGAGCAGAAUGAGGAGGAAGAUGAGGUACCCGAUGAUGAAACCCUUAACCAGAUGAUAGCCCGCAAUGAAGAUGAAUUUGAGCUCUUCAUGCGCAUGGACAUGGACCGACGCCGGGAGGACGCCAGGAACCCGAAGCGUAAGCCCCGUCUAAUGGAGGAGGACGAGCUGCCUUCAUGGAUCAUCAAAGACGACGCCGAGGUGGAACGUCUCACGUACGAAGAAGAGGAGGAGAAGAUGUUCGGCCGGGGAUCACGCUGUCGUCGGGACGUGGACUACAGCGACACGCUGACUGAGAAACAGUGGCUACGGGCCAUCGAGGACGGAAACCUGGAGGAGAUGGAGGAGGAGAUCCGGCUGAAAAAGCGCAAACGCAAGAGACGUCAGGACAAGGACUCGUCGAGCAGGGAGGACGGUAGCUCCAAGGCCAAGAAGAGACGCGGACGCCCGCCCGCUGAGAAACUAUCCCCCAAUCCCCCGAAACUCACCAAGCAAAUGAACACCAUCAUCGACACAGUGAUCAACUACAGAGACGGGUCAGGAAGACAACUGAGCGAGGUCUUCGUCCAGCUACCAUCCAGGAAGGAGCUCCCGGAGUAUUAUGAGCUGAUCAGAAAACCAGUGGACUUCAAGAAGAUUAAGGAACGUGUAAGAAACCAUAAAUACAGAAACGUGGGAGACCUGGAGAAGGACGUGAUGCUGCUUUGUCACAACGCCCAGACCUUCAACCUGGAGGGAUCCCAGAUAUACGAGGAUUCCAUCGUCCUUCAGUCUGUGUUCAAGAGUGCGAGGCAGAAAAUCGCCAAGGACGAAGAGAGCGAGGACGACAGCGAUGAUGACGACGACGACGAGGAUGAGUCAGAGGCCGAGGCCAAGUCUGUGCGGGUUAAGAUCAAGCUGAGUAAGGAGGGACGCAGCCACGACAAAGGCAAGAAGAGGCAAAGCCGAGGGAAGGCCAAGCCGGUGGUCAGCGACGACGACAGCGACGACGACCUGGACGAUAACGAUCUGUCAGACAAGAGCAAGAGCGACGACGAGUGAGGAAGAAGACGCGAGGACGUGAGGAUAUUGUUUAUAGCACUUAUAAACUAAAAGGACAAUAUCUUCCGUUACUGUUUGUUCAGGUUCAUAUUCUUUAUUUUUAAAACUUUCAUUUCAUUCGUCCUAUUCGGCCGUCUAGUGCAUUUUGUCGCCUCUCCUCCCACCAGCUUGGAAAUGUAUUACUUAUAAUCAGCUACGGCAAAACCAAUCUGCAUAUAUUCCUGUUUUUAAGACAGUUUUGUAGUAUAUUUUUCAACUCUGUGCUUUAAAAAAGAUUGAAAUUCUGUAUGGAGGGAAAAAAAAAAAAAAAAAGAUGUAGCCACGCUAUAAUCAGCUUUUGCUUUAUUUGCAAUUCCUUGCUUGCACUUUUAGAAAAUGAAAUAUACAAAUCUUAGAAAAAUAAAAACAACAACAACAAAAAAAAAAUAUAUAUAUAUAAUUGCCAAGGAUAUCCAAGUUAAUAUGGAGAGCCACUGGCAAUUAAAAAUGGCAAUCAAUGCAGUUGUUACUUGACAGCACAGCUCAGUUUUACUUUGUGCAGUGCCAAAUGCUGAAAUGUAGAGAAAUCAUCAGUUGGCCAAGCCCCCCACCCACCCCCCACCCACCCCUCAACCCCCCCUUAGUUACCGUUGCUACGCCUGUCAAGCUUUCUCUUCCUACACCACACAUAAUGUUUAAAAACUUACUUGUAAACUACAUUGUGUCCUUGAAUUCAGUCCGAGGUAGGGACGUAACUUAAGCUAAAUAAGCUCCAUGAUUUGGUUGGAAACAGCAGCUGAGAUUUUUAUAUCUCUAGCUGACUUUUUUUUUUUUUAAAGUUAAAAGCAAGAACCCUGCAAAAUGGUCCUAAAUAUGUACUUGACAGCUAAUUAGCCCAAGUAUUAAAAGAAAGAGAAGGAAACAUGUCAGAUCAGAAUGUUAUUUAUAUAAUAAAUACAAACCUGUUCGGAUACGUAGCUUUCUUUACAUAACUGUAUCUUCAAAUAUGUUUUUACUUUAAACGUUACAAGAAAAAAGGACUAACCGGUCUGUUUGGUGAAUGUAACACUAUCUCAGAUAUCCACGAGGUUUGGUCGGGGUUGCUGAACUGGCCUUUAACCAGUAACCCCACAAAAUGUUCUCAGUUAAUGUUUUGCUCCUCGGCCUUGGAAGUACUGCUGGGUUUACAGCUGUCGUCAGUAAGCUAGUUAGGUGGACGUGCUAAUGUUUGCUGCUUACGUCAGAGCAGAUAAACACACGGUUUGUGCCAUUUCUUAUACUUUUUUUUUGCUCUUUUAUUUUUAAACGUGUGGAGAAAUCUAAAAGCUUGACAGGCCAGCUGUACCUGGUUAUGGUUGCUAAGCUAUGAUUGGACAAUCAAUGUCUUGGGGAGGGGGUUUGAUGAAUGGUCAACACAUUUGUGAGAGUUUAAACUAUUUUUCAAGUUUUUAAAGCCAAUAAAAUCUCAAGUCGUUGCUCAAUCACCUUCAAAUUAAUUACAGUCGGACAUUAAUGCUGAAUGCUUUUUAACUGCUUUUAUUAAAAGAUGUAACCUUGCAGCGUAGAGGCGGCACAUAUUUUAGCUAAGUCAAUGUAUUUCAUGUAUCUUUUCUUCUAAGGCUUUCAAGUUGUUGUGUAUCAGCAGACAUCUUGACUUUGUUGUAAUACUUUUCUCUCUCUCAGAGAGGUGAGUUUGUGUUAUUUUGAUUGAAAAACUGGCCUUCAGAGCAAACACCAUGUUUUGUAGAGUAAAACCAGCGUUUAUCGUAGCAAUAAAUGUAGCUUUUUCAAGAAUCUGAGAAUAUUUUGCACCUUGCGGUCCUGUUUCAACAAAACGGAUCGCAAAGAACCGAGUAUCAGCUCGAUUUUUAGCUGAUUAUUAGAGAGACAAUGACAAACAAAAAACAGUAUUAUAGGUAUUAAAAAAAAAAAAAAAAUCAGAUUUGAAUGACAUUCAAUAUAAAACAGUAUAUUUUUGACAUUGUUUUGAUUUAUGCAUUUGGAUUGAGGUGUUUUGUGUUCCUGUGUUACUUUUGAGCCCUCAUUUUAUCGGUUAUAUGUUUGUAGCAUGCAACUCUUUUUGCAAUAUAUGUACUGUAAUGUACUGUUCACAUGCAGAUAUAUCAUUUUUUGUUUGUGUAAUACGUGCUUACCGACUCAUUCAUAAGUGUGACUUAAUCUUUGCUUUCUUUGCACAGUGUCUUUGUGGUUGUAUCUCAUAGCCCAGGGCAAAUAAAAUCUCACAGAUUUUCAGCACAAAGAA